AUGCGGUCGCAGAUUUGGCUCCUGGCCGCAUCGGGCCAUCUCGCAUGCGCGGACUGGGCAUUCGGGCAGGAUCUUGACUAUCGUGGAGGAGAAGUAGCUCACCUACUGCCGCGGGAGACGAGGGCAUCCGACCACGACGGCGCAAAUGGGUGGACACCAAGGCCAACGGAAGGCCCGUCAUUCGAGCUGGCGCGGAGGAGACAGGAUUGGGCUAGGUUGAAGCGGCAGUCAGACAACACUUGGGUCGACGAAACAACAUGUGGAUGGCGUGCUAAUAGCGAAUCCGUGCCGUUUACCUGCCCAGCAUCGCAUACUUGCGCAACAAACACGGACCAGGUUGUUGGCUGCACAUCCUCUGGGGGGGACAACCCAUUCUUCACCGUAUGCCUCGAUUAUCAAGCGGUCCAAAACGGAGCUUGCGAAUCCGUUGGACCAAGAACCGGAUGCUGCAUGACUGAGAGCAUCGGCCAGUGCAUUACGUACCUCUGGCCCGGCGCCACAGUGAAGUCCAUGUACCGAUGCUACACUGAGCGAGCCGUUAUCACCAUGUUGAGCUCGCCCCCGGGCCCCGAAAGUACUAGCGUCAGCACCUCUAGCACCACCAGCACAUCGGAAACGUCAACCAGCGAGACCGCCUCGGGGACGACCGACCCAGCGCCAGGAGAAACGGAAACCGAACCCCCGACUUCCGAGACGGGCGGUAGCAACACCGGCGCAAUCGUCGGCGGAGUGGUGGGCGGCGUCGCCGGCCUUGCGCUGAUCGCUGGUGCCAUUGCUUUCGUGAUGAUCCGCUCGCGCAAAAAGAAGAACAACGUCGUCGGCGGCAACACGGCCUAUAGUGCCGUUGCGCCGGGCGAUGCCGGCUUCCCGAGCAGCCCCAUGCCUCCGGCUUCCGGGUAUCCGCCCUCCCACAUGUCCCCCCAGAUGAACCAGGGCGGUCAGUACUACAACCCGAGCACGAUCGGCUCCACGACGUAUCCCGAGACCCCGUACCUGGGCAGCACAACGCCGCAACCCCCCGGUGCCUACGAUAUGCGGCACUCGUACUAUGACCCCUCCAAGCCGGCAGACCAGCCGCAACCCGGCGCGUAUGCCCCUUACCCCGGCGCGCCGUACCCUGGGCCCUAUCAUCCACCCGCGCCGAUUUCUGAGUUGGACAACACAAAUGUGGCGCCGGGGCAACAAAACAACCCCGUGGAGAUGGGAGACAACGGACCCACACACCGGUAG